UGUGUGUGUGUGUCGCUGCGGUGUGUGUGUGUCCGGUCCGGUUCGUGCUGAAGCCGCUUCGUGUCUUCGCUGCGGCGGAGGAAACAAUGCGGAAGAGGUAGCGAUCCGAGUCAGUCCCGAACCAGGACCAGAGCCCGGACAGCGGGACCGGCUCUGUUUGCAGACAGCAUGACGUCAUCAGCAGCAGGGACAGAGAGGAGCGCGAGCCGCUGAGCUAACGAAGCUAACAGCGCGAUGACUGCGGAGGGAAGCGGCACGAUCCGCAGCCGCAUCAAGAACCUGCUGCGCGCGCCGUCCAUCAAACUGCGCGGAAGGAGCGGCAGGAGCGGCACCGCGCGGCAAAGAGACCAGCUGAGCGACAAGGUGAAGCUGGAGAAGGUUUUGGGGAUUUCAGCUCCAGGGAAUCGAGCGCUCGCCUGUGACCCUCAGACCGGCCUGCUGGCUUAUCCUGCAGGGUGUGUUGUCGUCCUGUUGAACCCUCGGAGGAACAGUCAGCGUCACAUCUUCAACACCUCCAGGAAGGCGAUCACAACGUUAGCGUUUUCACCUGACGGGAAAUAUGUCGUCACAGGAGAGAGCGGCCACAUGCCGGCCGUCAGGGUCUGGGAUGCGUCUGAGCACGUGCAGGUGGCAGAGCUGCAGGAACAUAAAUAUGGAGUGGCGUGCGUUUCUUUUUCUCCAAACGGGAAGUUCAUCGUCAGCGUGGGAUUCCAACACGACAUGAUGGUCAACGUCUGGAACUGGAAGAAGAACAUCCUGCUAGCAGCCAAUAAGGUGUCGAGUAAGGUCACCGCCGUCUCCUUCUCUGAUGACAGCUCAUACUUUGUUACCGCCGGCAACCGUCACGUCAAGUUCUGGUACCUGGACCACGCCAAAACCUCCAAGGUGAAUGCUACAGUCCCCCUGAUGGGGCGUUCAGGGCUGCUGGGAGAGCUCAGGAAUAAUUUUUUCAGUGACGUGGCGUGUGGGCGGGGCCGACAGGUGUCCUCCACCUUCUGCAUCACUACGUCGGGUCUGCUCUGUGAGUUCAACGACCGCCGGCUCCUGGAUAAGUGGGUGGAGCUUCGGAGAGUUGACUCCGCCCCCGUGUGUCAGGCCACCUGUCUGUCCGUCACUGAGGACCUGAUUUUCUGUGGCUGUUCUGAUGGGAUCAUCCGAGCGUUCAGUCCUGUUAACCUUCACUUCCUGUGCACUCUGCCCCGCCCACAUAGUCUGGGAGCAGACAUCGCCAAAAUGGUGGACGCCAGUCAGCUGUUCUCCUGCAGGCAGGAGGCCCGGUAUCCGGACACAGUGGCGUUGACCUUUGACCCCAGCAGUGGUCGGUUGUCAUGUGUGUACAACGAUCACAGUGUUUAUGUUUGGGACGUCAGAGACCUCCGUGACCCUCGCAGGGCAGGAAAGCUUUACUCUGCUCUCUAUCACUCGUCCUGCGUGUGGAGCCUGGAGGUGUACCCAGAGGGAGGGGGGAGAAAGGGGGAGGGGCAUCUACUGCCUGGGUUGUUCCUGUCCUGCUCCUCAGACAACACAGUCCGACUGUGGAACCUGGACGGGAACAACGCCCCAAACAAGAACAUCCUCAGCCAG